GAAUAAACGUUGACGGACAAUGAGUUCAUGUUUGAUUUUCUGUAUUCUUAUAAGCUUUUCAAAUUCGUAUAAGCUGUUUGUGAAGAAAUAUUCGACUGUUGAAAUUAGUUGCCAAUUUACGACAAAUGAAAACGAUAAUGUGUCUUGGUAUUUUGAAGAGUCAACAUUAAUUGCUAUCCGAAAGGACGUAAAUCCUGACUUCAAGUCUAAAUUUAAAAUCAACGGCUAUUUCAAUCUUCAAAUUUUAAAUUUUACUGAGGCUGAUCAAGGACGUUACAUGUGUCAUGGAAUUUCUGGUGGAAAAUACCAACAAUGUACAGUUAUACUGAAAUUGUGCAACAACAGUAGAAACAGUGAUGUUGUUCAUGAAACAAGCAUCAUUUGCACGAAAGACAACAACACCCAAUUUGAUGACACUAAUAACUUAAAAACCUUGAUAAGUAUUGUUACACGUCCUACUUCUGAAUACAGCAGGAUUACUAAUAGAAAGGAAAAGAGAGAGAAAGAAAGACUAAUGAAGUACACAUGUUUGGCAUUAAAUAAAGAGCAGUGUGUAACAAACAAUCACACAUUUCAAUUACAGGUCAAAUUUUACUCAUUUCCAGGGAUAUUAAGUGACGAGGAAGAAUAUACUAGGGAAACUCAAGAUGUUGAAGACACAUAUACAUGUAAAUGUAACUCAUCAAAUAUGGCAGAAAACGUGUACUGUAAUGGCACAGUUUAUACAUACUUUUCUAAUAGGACUAUGUUUCUCCAAGAUUUAAAAAACUCAUCUGCUGCCUUAUACGAAUGUGAAAUUGAUUUAAACGAAAUGUAUCGAAUUCCAAUACCAUCUUCUGACAUUAAACCAAAACCAUUGUAUCUAGUUUAUGUACUUACGGGCGUUUUCUUUGUAUGUGGAAUACCUUUGGUCAGUAUAUUUUUGUGGUGUGUAAGAAGAGCAUUCGAUCAGUUCAAAUUGAAUGCAGAGAACGUUGCAAGACUUAACGAACCGCAUGAUUUGCCGGUGGAAGGAUACUCUUCUAUUGACAGAAGACGUAGAAUUGAAAUUGGACAAGCAAUUUCGUAUAAAGCUAAUCGAGCUUCAAAAGCAAGUAUAACUGAUGAAAGAGGAGAUGGAUCAUUGUUGUUUCGAAAUUCUACCAACAAUCAAAACUUUGAACAGACAAGGAGUGCCGACAGGUUGCGAGUAGAAAAAAUUAAGACUACUACUGAAUGUAACACAGAGACACCUAUCCUGAACUAUAUCGACUUGCAGUUUAACUCCGUCACUGCAGGCCCAAAAUUUGUUAUCCAUGGAUCAACCGACAAAACGCCAUAUGCCGAUAUUGAUUUGACAAUCAAGGCUGAUCCACUUCCAGAAAGUGACUCAAGUGAUGAUGAUGAAACAAAUCAUAACGAUGAAUUUUUGACCCUCAAUGACAUUCAAAAACUUAGAAAACCUGUAUAGAAAGUGAACUAUUCUAUACGCAGCCUUUGUAUAUAUUUUGUAAAUAGAGAAUAUGAAACAUUAAAUCAUUCGAAGUUAAAAGAUGGAUAUUUUUUGUAUGCAAU